CAGGCCACUGAAGAAGGGGGAGCACCCCAUGUGCAAGGAGCACGAGGACGAGCGCAUCAACAUCUACUGCGUCACCUGCGAGGUCCCCACCUGCUCCAUGUGCAAAGUCUUUGGUGCCCACAAGGACUGCGAGGUGGCCCCCCUGCAAACCAUCUUCCAGGGCCAGAAGACCGAGCUCAACAACUGCAUCUCCAUGCUGGUGGCCGGGAACGACCGGAUCCAGACCAUCAUCUCCCAGCUGGAGGAGUCGUGCCGGAGCACCGAGGAGAACAGCGAGGCGGCCAAGCAGGAGCUGUGCGCUCGCUUUGACGCCUUUUCGGCCGUGCUGGAGGAGAAAAAAUCGGAGCUGCUGCAGCGCAUCGUCCAGGAGCAGAGCGACAAAACCGGCUUCGUGCAGGGGCUCAUCCGCCAGUACAAGGAGCAGCUGGAAAAGUCCAGGCGGCUGGUGGAGACGGCGAUCCAGGCCAUGGAGGAGACUGGGGGGGCCACCUUCCUCAUGAACGCCAAGCAGCUCAUUAAAACGAUCGUGGAGGCGUCCAAGGGCGGCAGGCUGGAGAAGAUCGAGCAGGGCUACGAGAGCAUGGACGCCUUCUCGGUGAGCCUGGAGCAC